GCCUGGCCGAGGCCGCGCAAGGGCGCCGUAUCUGCCAGGGCCGCUGUCAUGGCGUCGGAGGCACUGGCUGAGGAGAACCCGCCGCGGUCUCUUUAGAGCGAGGGGCGGGCGGCUGGGUAUGGAGAGCGGCCCCGAGAGCCUGCAGCCGCUAGAAAACGGGGUGGCCGCUGUGCCAGCGCCAGGGACAGGCUCUCCGCAGGAAGGGAGACAGGAGACGAGGCUCGCCGCUGGGGAUGGUCCUGGAGUAUGGGCGGCGGAGUGCGACGGCGGGAAUGGGCAGGGGGCGGCGGCCGCCAGGAGGAGCCUCCCAAAGUCGGGUUCUCCCGCCGGCUCUCCUCCGAUUCCCGGACCCUGUAGCUCCUUCUCGGGCUCCGACUUGAAGGAGAGCGACUUGGCCAGUCCUGCUGCCCAGAAGGCGCUGCUGGGAGGGCAGCACAAGGUGACCGCCUCCCCCGAGACAGCCGAGGCCGGAGCGGGCCAUGGGUUGGGUCCGGCCGGAGACGCGGGCGCCCGCCCGGAUCCCACCGGCACCUGCCGGGCGGAGUCGGCGGCCGCGGGCUCGGAGGAGCCCAGCAGCGCCGGCGGCCUCAGCAGCAGCUGCAGCGACCCGAGCCCUCCUGGGGAAUCGCCGAGCCUGGACUCCCUGGAGUCAUUCUCGAACCUGCAUUCUUUCCCCAGUAGCUCCGAGUUCAAUAGUGAGGAGGGAGCUGAGAACAGGGUCCCCGAGGAAGAGGAGGAGGAGGAGGGCGCGGCAGUGUUGCCCGGGGCUGUGCCUCUGUGCAAAGGGGAGGAGGAGGGGGAGGAGGAGGAGGGGGAGGCAGCUCAGGUGCUGGCGGCCUCCAAGGAACGCUUCCCGGGACAAUCUGUCUAUCACAUCAAGUGGAUCCAGUGGAAGGAAGAGAACACACCCAUCAUCACCCAGAAUGAGAAUGGACCCUGCCCUUUGCUGGCCAUCCUCAAUGUUUUGCUUCUGGCCUGGAAGGUGAAACUUCCACCGAUGAUGGAAAUCAUAACUGCUGAACAGCUGAUGGAAUAUUUAGGAGAUUACAUGCUUGAUGCAAAGCCAAAAGAAAUUUCAGAAAUUCAACGUUUAAACUAUGAGCAGAAUAUGAGUGAUGCUAUGGCAAUCUUGCACAAACUACAGACAGGCUUGGAUGUAAAUGUAAAAUUCACUGGUGUUCGAGUGUUUGAAUAUACACCAGAAUGCAUAGUAUUUGAUCUUCUUGAUAUUCCUUUGUACCAUGGGUGGUUAGUGGACCCUCAGAUUGAUGACAUUGUAAAAGCUGUUGGUAACUGCAGCUACAACCAACUAGUGGAGAAGAUCAUCUCUUGUAAGCAGUCAGACAAUAGUGAGCUGGUUAGUGAAGGCUUUGUAGCUGAGCAGUUUCUAAAUAAUACAGCCACUCAACUGACAUACCAUGGAUUAUGUGAACUAACUUCAACGGUUCAGGAAGGAGAACUUUGUGUGUUCUUUCGGAAUAAUCAUUUUAGCACCAUGACCAAAUACAAGGGUCUACUGUAUUUGUUGGUAACAGACCAGGGGUUUCUUACUGAAGAAAAAGUUGUUUGGGAAAGCCUACAUAAUGUCGAUGGUGAUGGAAAUUUCUGUGACUCAGAAUUUCAUCUGCGGCCUCCUUCAGAUCCUGAAACUGUAUACAGAGGGCAACAAGAUCAGAUAGAUCAGGACUAUCUUAUGGCAUUAUCUCUACAACAAGAACAGCAGAGCCAAGAGAUCAAUUGGGAGCAAAUACCUGAAGGAAUCAGUGAUUUGGAACUAGCGAAGAAACUCCAAGAAGAAGAAGAUAGACGAGCUUCUCAAUAUUAUCAGGAGCAGGAACAAGCAGCAGCAGCUGCUGCUUCUGCUGCUACACAGGCCCAGCCAAGCCAGCCAGCACAAGCAUCUCCAUCAAGUGGAAGACAAUCUGGAAAUAGUGAACGUAAACGAAAGGAACCUCGAGAAAAAGAUAAAGAAAAAGAAAAGGAAAAAAAUAGCUGUGUAAUUUUGUAACAAGUGUUGGAUUCUGUUGGAACCAUCUAUAGCCUUGAGAAACAAAACCGCAGGAGGAAAGGAAGAAAAACCGAUAAAUACCGUCUGUGCCUGAUUUCCCAACGGAUUUUGUUCAUGUCUUCAGGGGAAAGGUUGUUACUUAGUUACAAUCAGACUUUUUCAAGUCACACAGUACACUCUUUAUGAGCUGGAGUUUCAUGUUACAAGUUGGAAAUGCUGUGUGUUGUCAUUCAUGAAAAAUACUGCACUUGUAGCCAAAUAAGCAGAUCACAGCAAAUUUUGUGUCAUAGUGACAUUCAUAACUCAUAUCAGUUAGUAAGCUAUUUUAUCUUCUGUUCUAACAAUGAAUGGAGGUAAUUGAUUUUGUCUGAUUCCUUUCUGAAAUCUAAAUAUUAGCACAAUAGUUUCUGAAAUUAAUUUCUACAGUGUUAGAUUAUGAUCUAAUCCACAAGAAACCAGGGGUUUAAUAUAGGGAUUUAAAAAGAAAAAAAAAAGAAAAAAAAUAACAGGAAUAAAUAACGCUUAAUUGUAUAUUGGACUAGUUCAGCCCUUGAACAGCUUUACCUUUCUUUAGGAAUGUACAUUUUAGAUACUAUCUUGAGAACUGAUAGUGGAGUUUGGAUUUAAUCUAGAUAGAAAAAAAAAAUUUGUAUUUCUUUUCCAAUAGCAAAAAAAUCACAUAAUACUAAUACUUCUAUCCUAUGAAAAUCAGAUAUUAGUGACUUUGUAGUGUUGUGAAAUAUUGAGGGAUUUUGAAAACUCUACCAUAGGUGACUUGGACCACAGUUACUAUUUAUUGACAGUGUGAUGAGUGUAAGGAGGGAACCACAGGAGGCCACUAGGCUUUGUAAAUAUGGGAGUGUAGAAACGCAGAUAGUUCGAUGUCUACCUUUUUCUAGAAUUACCUUGAACCUUAAAACUUAAAUCAUGUUUAUUUGCUAGAAAAUUAGGUAUACUUAUUAAAACCAACAAAAAAGCACAUUUCUGAAAGGAAGUUAGAGAUAAUCUCUGAGACUAGUGAAAAAGCAUUAACAAAAAUCUGUUUGAGAAUAGAUAGAAUUUGGAGGAAUUUAUGUAAAAGCAAUCAGAUUUUUUUAACUUAUGGGAACCAAAUAAACCUAUAACAUCUUGUAGUGUUUAUAGGAUUUAGAAAGAAUAUUUAUUGAAUUUUAUUAUGAGGCAACACAUAUUUUCCUGUAUUUCUAGAUCUAGUUUGGAAAACUAUACUUAAUAGUCCUUUUUAUAUGCUUUAUAUUUAAAAGUUUGUUUUAGUCAUUUUUGAAACAACUAUUGCUGCUGCAAGUAGUUAUGUGAUUUAUAUUCUAAGCCUCGGUAAAUUUGUUUGUUUAAGAGCAUCUUAAUCUAACCUGAGCAUCCACUCGGAGAAUGUUUUUUGUGGUCUGGAGUGACGAUAGACUACAAAAAAUGUGGUCUAGAUUUCUUAAGCUAUGUCCUUAACAUUCUUCGUGAUCCAAGACCGGUUACAGCAUAAGUCUAUGUGUAAAAAGUAAAGUCUUAUUUAUGGAAGAAAUUAUUCUAAGGGAAAAAUCCAGGGUCAAGCUGUGUCUUUAAUGUCCUUCUGUAUUGCAUGUCUGUUUAUGUUAUACAUUUGUUAUUCCUUCAAAUUUCCUAUGUUAGCAUGAUAAAUCAUCAGAGAACCUGUUUGGGGUAUAAGACCUUGAUACAAAAUAUUUGGUGACUCUCUUGAUAAUAACCCAGAAUAUGCGUACUUUGGUAAGUAAUCAAAUGCACUACAGAAUUGUAUGUUGGCUCAAACAAGUUGACCUUAGUCCAAGUUUACUCUUGGUAUUACUGUGUUGGUUGAAGGAGGAAACUCAAACCUCAGGGUUUGUUUUUCCCAGAGUAGAUAGUAGUGACAGUGCACUAUAUUUUAAUAAGACAGAAACAAUAAAACCUGAGGAAUUUUUAAAAGCACAUUUGAGGCAUAUUUUUCCAUAAUUAUAUACUUAUCUAUUUAUUGCCCUUGAAAAAUAUAUGUGUAGAAGUUAUUCUUCUGUUAUUUGUUACUAUCUUCUUAAUUUGUUCCAAAGAUAAUACUGCCGUUCUGCAUUCCCUCUGGAAGAAAACAUAAAAAACUCACUCAAAACCAGCAGUGCUGCUAUCAGAUAAGUAGAUGUCAAUGUAUACUUAUAAGGAAUAACUAAAACUGUAAUGUGUUUGUUAAGUCAACUUUUUUCUAUGUAAUAUUUCCAGAUCAGACUUUCUUACAUUCCCGGAAUUCAGUUUGAUAUACCAAGAGUAAUAAUGAUAAAAUGUUCGCUUUGAUUACUGUGGGGAAAAAAUUAAAAGUUCGAUUCUAUUAAAACAAACAAACUUCUCAGAGAUACUGGUUUCCCAUCCUUGAAGGCUAUAAAGAAUUAACAGCUAUUGUCUCUUUCUCCUUAUAUUUUGCUCAAGGCAACAAAUUAUAUAUUCAGACAUUUCAUUGCUGGUUUGGGUACAUUGGAGUUUGGUAGAGGUAUAUUAAGGGCUUUCCUUCACAGCAUUUUGUAAGACCUGAAAAUUAUUACAUGUACAUUACUAGCAGAAGUUAGAACUUAAAACAUUUUUGUUUUUAAUAUUUAUAGGCUAGAUUAGGGACACAUUUGCAUUAAUCAAACACUGUUAGAGCUUGGAAGAGAGGCACAUGAAUGAAUGGAUAUGGUCACUGCACUUUCUUGUACUUUCAAAGCCUAUUCCUCAAGGUUAGCGACCAGUCUUUAUUAAUAAUAUGAAAAUUUUCUUCGUCUGAUCUCACUGAAUCAACAAUGCUAUGAUUUACAAUAGGUUAUCAACACUUAAAAGUACUUAUUUUGUGUGUGUCUGUGUGUGUGUGUGUGUGUGUGUACUUCUAAAGCAAGGAUCCAUGACUUCUAUUAGAUUCUCAAAGGAAUCUGGGAAAUUUCCCUCAAAUUUAAGAAUCACCAUUUUAAGAAUAUACAUGCACAUAUGUACAUAGACACAGUAAGCGCUUUGAGGCAGCUAAAAUUGGCAUUGGCUGCUUCCUCUAAUAUACUGGUCCAGUGGACUUAGGUAAAGUAACUUCUUCCAUAUUUCAAGGUGUCAGGUUAGUAGUUGAAUGAGGCAUGGAUUUAAGUUUAGGAUUAGGUUUUGGAACAUAUUUUGUUUUAUCGUCUCACAUUUCUAGUAUUUGACUAAUUAUCCCAUAUUAUGUUUUGAAUUCUUCCUCAUACAUCUUGAUCUUAGCUUAAUUAAGCAAGUUAGUAUCAGAGAUUAGUUGGCUGAACUCAACAUUAACUAUUUUGUACUUGCACAAACACUUAACAUUUUGUUUUCAGUGAAUCGCCAACUUAGUUCACCAAGAGACAGAAGAUCUUGAGAGGAAAGAGGACUAGAAGUCAAAUAGAUAUUUAAGGAAAGAAUUAAUAUGGUCCCUAUAUUAAUGUUGGCAUAUGAAGCAGAUAUUUAUAAAAUCCUGCUGGAGAAAAAUCAAGGCAAGAAUUUCCAGCAUUGUCCUCAUACAAUCUCAUUUGUUUAAAAUUUUUUUAAAAAAGGCAAAUUGAUUACAUUUUGCUUAACUUUCCUAUUCACUGUGCCAGUUAUGUUAAAGCAUGAUGGAAAGCUUAUGGGCUUUACUUGUCACACAAUACUUGGGCAUACAACUUAAACUAUACUUGUAAACUUACCAAUGUUUGAUAAAAUAACUUGAAGGCAUUAAAGAUAGUAUAUAAUUUGGAUUUUGAGAAACUGGAAAUGUGGAAUUCUGAAUCGUUUUAUGUCUAAACACCUGGGCUUUUAUCUUGCCGUGGGCAAACUUUCUGUGCCUCGCUUUACAUAUGUAAAGGAUGCUCAUUUUUUUAGUGCUCUGCACUCCUGAAUAAAGGGCUUAGUAUAAGCACAGAGUGUUAUUUAAAUAAUCAUAAAUUUUGUACAUCUUUUAUUCUUGAAUGUGCAGACUUUUUUCCCAAUGACAAUAUUUCUUAAGCCAGUUUUUUUGCUGCUGUCAAAAUUUGUAGAAUUAUCUUAUCUUUGAGUAUGGCAUCAUCUCUUCCUAAAAUGUAUUUUACAGUUGCUUUUCUGUUCUGUAGUUGCUUUUGUGGACUAUAGGGUCAAAAUCAAGAGUAUUUUGAGAGUAUAAAAUCAUUAAAGACCUGUUUUCUUCCAGUAUCUUCCAUAUAUCUAAAUAUUUAGAUUCUUUUUGCCUUUUCCUCCAUGGGACAAAGUACGCUGGUAUCAGAUUACUAAUACAUAUAUGUAAGCUUUUUUUGCAUGGAUGGAAUUCAUUUAGAUCUCUCAAGUACUGUCAUUUUUAGGGCUAUUUAAAUUAUUUCUGUUAGUAUAAAAUGUUAUUUGAUAAUGUGCAGUUAAUUUCCUUUUAGGAAGUGAGUGAAAAUGGUAAAGGAACUCAUCGGAAUCAGAGUUAUUAGGUUCUCUGGUAAUUUAGUGUCUUUUUUUCACUGAUAUCUAACACUUCUAAAGCUAAUGGGAAAACGUUAUGAAGAAUUGAGGUUACUCUCCUUGGGUGACUCUUUAAAACAAACUAAAAUUUAAAAUCAAAAGCUUCCUGAACGAAAUAAAUUCAAAAUCGAGAAAAUGAAGUCUGAGGGACAAAUUGCAGGACUCUGAUAAGUUUAACGUAUUUUGAAGAUCUAUCUAAAUUUUAAUUUGUGCACGUCUCUUAAUCCUGGUGUUUCUGCGUUAAGAAAUCAGAGUUUAAUAAAUUGUGGUAUGUAUACAUAUUUUUACAUGAAGGAUUCUAGUUUCUAAUUUCACUUUUCUGAUCUCAAAAAAAUUAAACUCAAAAAACAGGGUAAAAGUCUUCAACUAUUGCCUCAAAUUCAGCUUUAUCCUAUUGUCCUGAUUUAGACUUGUCUGCCUGUAACAUAUGUUUUAGGGCAUGGUACUAUCCCAGAUAAGGUGUUGAAAUACCAUGGCAGAAAUACAAAACCUAAGCUUUAAAUAACGACAGUAGAUUUUAAAAACAAAAAGCUAUAUUAUUAUUCUACAAUGUUUCUCUAUUUCAUCUGAUAUUCUAAGAAUUUCUUCAAAUCACUUACUUUGUCACCAUUAACUUUAAAAAUGUUAUAUCCAUCCUCACUGUAAUAUCCUGCUUUGAGAAGCAGGGAUGCCUCCUAGAUUAGAGGAUGCACAAAGCAAAAUUCUUCUGAAAGUGAUCGUGGCUUCUUUGGCUCUAUUAUUUACAGCUUCAAACAGGAAGUCGGGAAACUAAAAUGCCCAUUUAAAUUCCCAAAUCAGUGACUUGUCCAAAUAGGCAUUAUGACUGAAAUACCCUACAGAGCAGUUUGAACUAAGGGAAUGUAUUUGAAGACUAAGAUUGGCAUUUAAUCUUUGAAGAUCUGUCCUGUGUUUCUCUCAAUUUUGUUGGUUUUUGUUGUUCUUUUUUUAUAUUUUAGUUGUAUGAAAUAACCAUUUUUUUCCCUGAGUACAUAGUAUAUCUUAGCUUUACAGAUUUGUAAAGAUGAGGGUUUGAAAAUCUUCCACCAGUUUUUGUUAAAAAGCUAUCUUCCUCAAUAAAAUGACAAUUAUUGUUUUCACAGAUCAACAUAUCACAAGUAGGACAAUAGGAUAGAAGACUGAUGUAUGAUUGCUACACGACAGUCAGCAAAAGGGAUAAUCUUCACUUGGGAAACAGCAGAGGUACCUUGAAAGUCAUUUCCUAAAGUUAGUGCAUGUGAGCCUUUUUCCUUGAAUUGUGCAGAACAAUUGGAUUGUGGCACAUAUUUUGAGGAAUAGCAAGUGAAAUGCUAUAUAGCAAGAAGAAACAAAUUUUCUUCCUCCACUUUACUGUUGGACUAUUUGGGUCAAGAAGUUUCUAUGACAUAUCAUAGAUUUCUUUGUGCCAGGCCAGAAUUGGCCAACUGAAAUAGAGUUUUCAAAGAGCUUAAAUAUAUAGAUUGCAUAUGAGUGCCUAUUUUUUCUCCUCCUUUCCUUUACUGUCUUAAUGCCCUUUCUACUUCUGAAAUAAUUCAUCUCUUUUGCUUUAUGACCAGCUUAAAUUCCAGUUUGAGAAUAACAGCAACCCUAGAGAUUGAGGAAGUGCAUUGAAAUACAUUUUUUUAAUAAAGACACCUUAAAGCAUCUACCCAGCUUAGGGUUGAACUGAAUUUCUGUGAAAGAAAGUUGUUUUAAAAGCUAAUUAUGCUAAAACUAUUUAAUUCUAAAACUAUGUCUUAAACAAGUUUCAAAAGUUUCAUUUUGGGAGGAUAUUCCUAAAAAAAGGCAUAUCAAACAUAGACAGGAAAGUAUAUUUCUAACAGAAUUAUUCAGUAUUAUUCAACAUUUAAUUUCAUGUUUGUUAUUGUACUACAAGGAUAGGUCAUUCUUGGAUUAAAAUGUUGGAGUUUUUGUUAAUAUACUUAAAACUGUAACCAGUGAUAUCACCUUUAGUAUUUUUUAUUAUAGAUUAUAUUUUAUUUCAAUAAACUUUGAUAUUUAGACCAAACAGUCUUUCUGCUAUGUAUAUUCGUCUCAGUAAGCUACUUCUUACAAAUUUAAGAUGAAUGUGGAAUUAGGGAAUUGACAUACUGAUUCACAUUUACCUAGGAUUAACUCUUAGAACACUUGGACCAACUCUUGAUAAAGACUGAUUUUCCCCCCAGAAGUGGGAACAAAGAAACAAUUUACUCUAAACCUAAUCAUAGUUAACUACCUGAUCCCAGUGGUAGAUUUAUUAUAUCUGAUACUUCUAUCCUCUUGGAGGACUAAGUAAGAAAGAGCUGAGAAGGAAUCAUUUUCUCUUUACACCAAGCCAACCCUGCUGUAAAGUUUUGGUCCAACAAUUUAAUGUCCAAACCAGCUAAUGUCAGACAUUUCUCUAAAGCUUUCUUAGACUCCCUAGCCCUCUAAGCAGAAUUGGUCAUUCCUCAUAGUGUUUUGCUGACGUCUCCUCAUAGCUUAAGCUAGGUUGUGAGCCUUUUAAGGAUAGGGAUCAUGUCUUAUUCAUCUUGAUUUUCUUGGCAAAUUACAUGAUAAUUACUUCAAAUGAACUUGAAUAUCUAUUUAGAGGAAUUUUUUUAAAUACCUAUAUUAUGUAGUUAUUGCUUGCUUGUCCUUUAAGUAGGAUAACUAAUAAGUUGGGUUAUGGAAUUAGUUUUCCACAUUAGCAUAAAAGUUAUAUAUAGAGAGGGAACUAAUGAGAAGAUACUCUGAUUAAGGAGAUUAAGAAGGCUACUUAAGCCUUGUAAAAGUAAACAUUUUUCUGGGGCCGACCCUGUG